GAUCAUUGAAUGCCUUUUAUUUUUCUCUCUCUUUUUCUUCGAGAACGAGUGAAUUUAGGUUGAGUGCUUGCGCCACCACCGCGAUGUUAGCAUGUUACGCCGCACGCGUUCAAGAGGGGGGGUGUCUGUAGUCGCAUGAUUCAUAUAGACGAUGGUGUGUUGAUCUGUGGCUCAGGUGGACCUCUCCGUAACAGCUUUUAGACGGCAUCAACAACACCGAUCAAAUGGACUGGCAUCGAAUCUAGAAGCGACACUUCAUCAUGAGGCCGAUCAUAGACCUCGACGAAUGUAUCCGGGACUCUCCGAAAUUUCGGGAGGCACUAGAGGAAAAUGAAGAGAGCAUCGAUCAACUAGAAAUUAAGCUUGAUAAAUUGGUAAAGCUGUGCACCAACAUGGUUGAGACUGGAAAAAGCCAUGUCACAGCGAAGAGUGCAUUUAUCAACGGCAUCUGGGAUUUGGUUGGUUAUUUCAAGGACGAUGCAUCCAUUGUGAGUUCUCUAAAUAGGUUUAUACAGAUUCUUACAGACGUGUUGAAAUAUCAGUCGAUACUCCUUGAGCAUGCACAGAAGUCCAUAGUGAAAAACCUGAGCCACUUCAUCAAGGCGGACAUCCGCCAGAGCAAGGAGACGCGACGACACUUUGAGAAGAUCAGUGACGACCUGGACAAUGCGCUGUUCCGCAACUCGCAGGUGCAACGCACCAAGGUUUCGGAGUGUGAGGAUGCCCACAAUGUGCUGAUUGCCACUCGGUCCUGCUUUCAACACUUGACACUUGAUUAUGUUCAUCAACUCAGCUGUUUGCAGUCUAAGAAGAGGCAUGAGGUGCUGCAAACUCUGUUAUCUCUCAUGGGUGCCUACAGUACGUACUUUCACCAAGGCUCGGACUUGUUUGAGGACUCUGAGCCCUUUCUCAAGCAGCUGGGAGCCACCCUUGACAAGCUCAGCAAGGAGUCUGCUGACCUUUCAAAGCAACUUGACUCAAGGCACACUCUUGUGACCUCAAAGGAUGUGAUCCCAGUAGUCCAUAAGGACCCUUCGGCCAACAACGGCAUCAGCCUGGAAGGAUACCUGUUCAAGCGCACCUCCAAUGCCUUCAAGACCUGGAACAGGCGGUGGUUCAUCAUCCAGAAUGGUCAGCUAGUGUACCGCAAGCGCUCCAAGGACGAGCAGCGCACAAUCAUGGAGGAAGACUUGCGGCUGUGCACCGUGAAACCCGCACUGGAUUUUGAGCGACGGUUCUGCUUUGAGGUCCUCUCGCCUUCAAAGACUCACAUGCUGCAAGCAGAUUCUCAAGAGUCGUACGACUGCUGGAUCACUGCUUUGCAGUCGGGAAUCUCACGCGCGUUAGACCAGCCUGCACGAGAUGACGAGGACGAGAAGCUUUCAAAGAAUGAAUGGAAAGCAUCAUCAGAUUCUUCAUUGUCAUCGACCUCAAGGCAAAGUGCAAACCCAGUACCAAAACCUCCAAGGGCUCACAUCCAACUCACUGGCAUCCCUGGGAAUGAUAUGUGUUGCGACUGCCGUUCACCUGGACCUUGUUGGGCCAGCAUCAACCUGGGUAUCACUCUGUGCAUCGAAUGCUCUGGGAUACACAGGAGCAUGGGCGUGCAUGUGUCCAAAGUGCGCUCCCUGACGCUCGACACCUGGGAGCCGGAAAUACUCAAGGUGAUGGCUGAACUGGGCAACACAGUCAUCAACAGCGUCUACGAGGCUCGCGUGGAUGAAAACGUUGCUGUCAGGGCCACACCAGACUGCAGCAGGAGUGUCCGUGAGGCCUGGAUUAAGGCUAAGUACUUGCAGAAGGCAUUUGUGAAGCCACUUCUUGGGUCAGUGGCCUGCCUGUCCCCACCACGCGAUGCGUCACGCGCAUCACCAGCAGCAACACCGGUUCUGCGAAAAGCCACGCUGCCUCAACGCUGGAGCGUUCGCAAAAUGCACCGUCGCAGGAGGACCAUUCAUGCCCAAGACCAGCGUCAAGUAGAUGCAGGUGACACUGCUCUUGGGGUCUCCCGGCGCCAUAGCAGCGCUGUCACAUUGCCGGCCGACAAGUCCCCCGUCAGCAUCGACGCCUUGUCUGUGAGCUCUGUAGGCUCGGAGACCCGCUUCAGCAUGGCCUCGCAGGAGAGUGGGGUGGUCAUGAAGGAGGGCGCCUCUCUGCCCCCUUUGGACAGUGAAGGAAAGGCUGCGGUUGAGAUGUCCUCCAACCAAUCCGAGGACAAUGUGCUCGUCUUUGGGGAGUCCCUCGUCCAGGUCAUGCCGCCGCCUUCAGAGCUGGAGCUGGACAGCGCAGAUGAGUCGCCGACACAAGACGAAGAGGACACAACCCAGGAAGAAGACAUGUCCAACCUGAGCCCCAGCUUGCUCCUGUACAGGGCAGCGGCUGCCCACAACUUGCCAGUGAUGUGUCUUGCCCUGGCGAAUGGAGCUGACCCGAACUGGCCCAAUCCGGAUGAAGGGGGUCGAUACCCUCUCCACCAGGCUAUACAGAGCGGCUCUAUCAUGGCCUGCGAGUUCCUGCUCCUCAAUGGUGCCAAAUCAAACAGCGCCGACGACAACGGGCGCACGUCCCUCCACAUCUCUACCCUGCUGGGGAACACGGGGCAAGUGUGCCUUUUGCUGAAGCAUGGGGCUGAUCAGCACUCUCAGGAUAAGGAUGGCGCAACAGCACUGAAGAUGGCUGUGGAUAACGCCAACCCCGAUAUCGUCACCAUGCUCAGGCUCGCCAAGCUCAAUGAGGAGAUUCGCCGUGAUGAGUUUGGCAACCCAGCAGCAGCCGUCGGACACGCAUCAGCUCCGUUGGGUCGCCGUGGAAAAAGUCGGAAGGGGAAGCGCCUUGUCACUACUUGCCUUUCUAGCUUGCACCCGUCGCUCGAAAAGGCUAUGGGACCUCGGCUUAAGUCGCAGCACAGGAUGAGCGAUGGACAAUAUUGAAGUGACGACACCUUCAUCGACGUUGUCCGAGACUUCUCACACAUGGCCUCCAACAAUCCGGAGAAGCUGCGGCGCCAGCCAAGCAAGCACGCGGAGUGAGGAAACGCACCCAUAUUUGUUGUUGUUUAGGUGCAACUUGUCUUUUUAUUGUUGUUGUUUACUAAAAGGAAAAGACUGAUA